AUGGAGCGAGGAAACGGUGGUGACCUGCUGGCGGCGUCUUACCAGCCGUCUGUAGACGUCCUGCUCGGCCACAACGUCAGAGGCAACGUUUCUGGCAUGUCAAACGCCACCGACCUCUUGUCCGAGUCUCAGAUGCUGGACAUUUACAAACAGACCAUGUCGGCACGGCGGUUUGAUUAUGUGACGGAGAUGUGCCUGAUAUUUGCCUUCGCUACGCUGAUUCUGUUCGGGGCCAGCGGCAACGGACUGGUAUGUUAUGUGGUGGCAAAGAACCCGCACAUGAGGACACCUAGGAACAUCUUUAUCAUCAACUUGGCUAUUUCUGAUUUCACUCUUUGUGUCUUUACGCAGCCUUUUAACCUUAUGAAGUUACUCACAUUGGACUGGCCCUUUGGUAACUUCAUGUGUAAGUUUGUCCCCAUGUUCCAAGGCACUAAUGUGUUCGUGUCGACCAUCAGCAUCACUGCUAUUGCUCUAGAUCGCUUCCAGGUAAUUGUCUACCCGACCAAAGACAGCAUGAAGAAAAUCGGAGCAGCUGCAGCGUUGAUCAGUAUCUGGGUGAUUUCCUUCCUGAUCGCUAGCCCAACUCUCGUGUUUACCUACUACAAGUCGGAGAAACCGUUACAAGAGUUGCCCUUCUACCAGUACCGGUGCAUUGAAGACGACACCCUGAACAUCGAAAGAGGGGCUUAUUCUAUCGCUUGUGUCGUCGUGCAGUACUUUCUGCCAAUCAUCAUCGUCAGUGUGGCUCAUGCCAGGAUAUGCAAUAAGUUGCGGUACCGCAUGGUAAACCAGCCUAGCCCUGCUGGAGCCCCAUCUCCGUACCGUCAGAAAAAAAACGAGAGAGAAACCAGACGCAAAAGAAGGACAAACAUCUUGUUGGCCAUGAUCGGCAUCGUUUUUGCCCUCAGCUGGUUGCCAUUAAAUAUCUGUAACAUUUUAACGGAACUUCAUCGAAAGUUCUUCAGCGACUACAACGUGAAUAUCAGCUUGACUUUUGUCAUCUGCCACUUGCUGGUUCUCAUCUCAGCCUCUGCUAAUCCAGUGCUGUACGGAUGGCUGAAUGAGAAUUUCCGCACGGAAUUCGUAAAGGUGUUGUGUUGUUCUUGUUGUAAAACCUUACACGAAUCGGCCAGUCACAACUGCUGUGCGAAACGGGGCCACCAAAACGUGCCAGUGAUUGUUUUGUCAAAAGAGAGCAAUGGUUACACGAUACAUGACCGCCAGACUGGAUUAACAGGGCAGAUCACGAGCACUAUGGUGCCAUCCUCAUCAGACUUCGUGUGAAGACGUCUGCAGAUAAGGUGUUAGCAAUGGGGCGAUCUCAUCCGGACAGUCCGAUGCCAUGAGCGAUUAAACAAUCGACUGACCAGAGCCAGUCUCAUACCAGGCGACGUGUAAGAACAGUUAUUGUCUCCUGAUCCCUGAAUCUGUGAAAGGUGUUAGAGAGUUUUGUUCUGUACAUUGUUGAACCUGUUAGCCAGUCCCAUCCGUUUGUUUGCUGACUGCACAGAGAAUAAUGUAAGACGGGUUGCAUUCUAUGGUAGUCAGUAGGAUGUGACAUUGAUAAGGAGGCUGAUCGAUUCAUUAGAACUUAUGUGUUAAUGAAUCCAGUGUAAAGCUUCACUCUUAGUAGUGUUGUGUUAUCUUGUUUGAACUCGUUUAGAACUUAUCUUAUUCUUCACCUCAACUUGGCUAUUACUAAUACUAUUUUAUUCAGACAAUCCAGAGAAGCAGCACUAUUGCAGCACAACCAACCAGGUUAUCUGCUUUUUGACAAUAUCUUGCAGAUGCGAUAAGGUCUCAGGAAUAUAUUAAUCAAACAAGCAGACACUGUGGCGGAUAUUACAGUUCUAAACUAGUCAUUAUUUGGUUAAUUGGCUAUAGGUACAAAUCCAGCACAACACCGGAAGCAAAAGUAAAAUAUCAAACUUUCUUUGUUUAAGCCUGAGUUAUGCCUCACUAAGCCUGAGUAAGGCCGAUCAGGGCAUUUACCUGUCAAAUAUAUAAGAGCUUAUAGCAUGUAUAGUAAACACACGCUCCGUGGGGAUAUUUUAGUUCCCGUAACGUUCUUACAGCACUCUUCUGAGAAACAUCAUUAAACAAACUUACCUCGACAUUUCAAUGCUACAAUUAUUAAAAGAAAAGACAACAAAUAGUACAGCUUGAGUUAUUUCGGAGGACCCCCGAGGUCUGUCCGGUUUCGUAUGUGAAAUAUUCUUGAGUACUGGUACGACGUAAAACACCAAUCAAAUGAAUACAUAUAUUAGAAGAAGAGUAGAAACAGACACAAACGACCACAGGCAUUUUCCUGACGUGCUUGGUAACUCUAUAAAUCAACAGGACUUGGCCAUGUACGCCCCGUGUUAGAGCAAACGGAAAGACU